AUGCCUAGCACCCAGAAUUUAUCUAAAACUGUACAAAAUUUAAUGGCAUUUGAGGGCAUAUUUUUUCGAUCACUCAAAAAAGUCCUUCAUAAUUUCAUAUCGGAAUCGUCGGAGGGAUACCAAACACCCAGUCAAGACUCUGCACCAUUGGAUUCGGGAGAGCCAGAGGAUAAUUCGCAACAUAAGCAUAUCAGCAGCAGUGACCAAAUAGACGAGAGCAAUGAAAGCAACGAGUCGCAAUACCCGGGCAUACUAGACACAGAUCUGAUUGCGCUCACUAAAGGCCAGAAGAAAGUCUUCAUUAUCAUUGUUUUGAUACUGUGCGUUAUCUCCUUGAUAGGAAACAUCAGCACUUUGGUGGUGAAUGUACGCCGAAAAAUAAGGCCCUUUUUCAGGGCUUGCCUCAUAUCGUUGGCCUUUAGCGAUUUGUUGAACACAGUGUUUCUGAGUACAGCCUAUUUGUCACAGUUCAUGGCGGAAUAUGUUCAAAUCUGGAGUUUGGGAGCAUUGAUGUGCAAUUUGGUACCAUUUGCCACCACUGCGGCCAUUCUGGCCAGCAGCAUGACUCUGGUGGGCAUUGCAGUGGAUCGCUAUUAUGCUGUAAUGAAAGCGGUUGUGGGCUUCUGGCAGCCCACUGUGAUUUGCUGUUUUGUGUGCAUGCUUUGCAUUUGGCUGGCCUCCCUGGGCAUCGCAUGCCCCGUAUUCAAUAUCUACGACAUAAUGCCGGUCUACAUUUUAACGCAGCAAACGGACACGGAUGUGUCAGGUGCUGAUGCAAUGACCACCGCUAGAACAACAACAGAAACUCAAUGGGAAAUUGAUGCUUCACAAGAUGGCCUGUCCUAUACCCUGGUGCGUGAGCAGAAACUUGUCAACAUGUGUGUUUCGGAUCAGAGGGAUGUCACUUUGUACUACGUCAUAGUGUUUGUGCUCAUCUUCAUACCCUGCAUAGGUGCUUUCUUUUGGUUCAACACCAUUAUUGCCCGAAAGUUAUGGAAGCGACGCCACAGUGCCACAAUAAACCGUAGACCACCGCCAAAGCCACAAACGCAGAAUGGAAAUAAUACCAAAGCAAUUGCAAGAAUCCAAGUCCCCACCACCCCAACCACAUCACCCUGCAUGGAGCUUCAAAGUACAAACAAAAGAUCUGCAGCGGUUGGUCUGCAACCUCUACAGCCGCAGUGUCAAAAUUGCAGCUGCAAGUGCACCCACAGUACCAGCACAACAAUGCCAAGUAGUUUGAUGGGUAUAAUGGGUGGAACCGCCACGUUGACGGCAGCCUCCAAUGCUCCUCCAACUACUAAGGGGCCGGUGGCAACAAAUUUUGCCAUCUUCUUGCCCAGCAGCAUGCCAACGAGAAGCUCUCGAGAAUCCAGACAUUUGAGAAUGUUCACCAUCAUCCUGCUCAUGAUGGUGGUCUUUGUGUUUCUGCGACUGCCAGCCUGGAUAUUCCUGCUGAUGCGUAUGUAUGGCUCCUACAACAGGCAAAUAGAUUGGAUGCUCUAUUUCACUUUUGGCAUUAUGAAUUUGACCAGUUCGGGUUUGAAUCCUUUGCUUUAUACCUUCCUCACCGAAACCCUGCAGUAUCUUUCUCGCCUAAAGGCCAAAGUCACUGCUUUGAUUUGCAGUUGCUGUUGCUGCUGCUGCUGCUGUUGCCCCGGCAACGGAAAUAAAUCAACUGCUGCUGAUGCCACCAUGCCCAAUAUCAUUGAAGAACCACGUUUCGCUUUAAGUUGCGGUGAUAACUUUUGCGGUUGCAAAGGAUUUCUACGCGCCACCUGGAAAUGUCGUCAGCCCAACUGCGUGCCCAAACCAUUGAAUGAUUCACAGCAACGCGUAGAGUUAGACUCUAAGAGCAAGGAAAGCAAUCAAGUGGCCUAUAACAAUGACAAGGAUGAGGGUGUCGAUUGCAGUGAUGUGGCAGAGGAUGACGAUGAAGGGGCAGAGCAGGCAUUUGAAUUUCAGCAUAGAAUUUUUGCUAUAUAUUCCUCAUCGUUGGUCUCAUCCUCAUCGCAAUAA